AUGUUUCGCAUUGCCAGGAAUAUUUUGACGGCGGUCCUUGCCACUGCAGUGAUGGACAAUUGCUCGGCUCAGGUCACCAACAUUGUGGGUGGAACCCCUGCGUCCCACUCGGACUACCCUUACUUUGUUUCCUUGACCAUGGGCUGUGGUGGGACCUUGGUCCACGAAGACAUUGUCGUGAGCGCAGCCCACUGUGAUUCUAACGGCUUUGAAGCAAAAGUUGGACCCGAUAGGACGGAAGUUGGAUACAACAAUAAAGUCGUUCAUCCAAGCUGGGACUCUCGAUCGUUUGAGUACGACUUUAUGGUCAUUCAGUUGAGCCAAUCAUUCCCCGACCUUCGCACGGCAUCCAUCAAUAGCAACAGCGGAACUCCGUCGGGCGGUCAAUCCAUGACCGUCAUGGGAUACGGAAGGACAUCCUACGGUGGAUCUUCUCCCGGCGAGCUAUUGGAGGUCACCAUCAACCAUAUCGACCAUGACCAGUGCAAUGACGACUACGGAGGCUCCAUUGACGAAGAUUCCAUGUUUUGUGCCGGUGUGGAAGGGGGCGGCAAGGACUCGUGUCAGGGAGACUCGGGUGGUCCUCUCGUCAUUGGUGAUACGCUUGUGGGCGUGGUCAGUUGGGGUAUUGGUUGUGCGGAACCGGAUUAUCCUGGUGUCAAUGCCAAAGUCAGCGCGGCUGCAGAAUGGAUUGACAACUGGGUCUGUUGUAUGUCUGCCAACCCUCCAGGUGGAUGUUCCUGUGACUCUAGUGGCAACGCGGGUGUUCCAUCUGGAGGCGGCGGUGGUGGAACUACUACAACAGACUUUCGAUUGUGCUUUUCGGGAGAUACUCAAGUACAAGUCCAAGACAAGGGGCAAAUCCAAAUGAAGACAACGCCGCAGAGUAUGUCGAAUUAUCAUUCCUCCCCAAAGUCCUCUCCCAUCAUGCUCUUUCGCAUCUUUGGAUGGCACCAUUCCGCUUGUUAUGUUCGACGACGUCCACGCAGUUUUGCCAGAGUGUCAAUGAGAACGGACUCUCCCAGUAUGCCGCCUUUGGAUUCCAGUUUGCAGAGUGGGGACAAUCUCAAAACAUCCUUGUUCAGAUCCCGUUCCUGA